CUUCUGUUUCGCAAUUUGCACCACCAACUAACAAGCUAGCUAGCCAGAGACCGUUGGUCGACCAGCUGCAGAGGGGAGAGAAAAGAAACCAACCAUGAUGAUAAGCAAUAAACACCCGAGGAAGACAACUUUUCUCCUCAAGAGGUCAGAAUCAACUCCCCCCCAAUCCCAACCCACAAAUUUAGAUAAUAUUGUCCCUAGAAAUAACAAGUCUCCUUUGGUCGAAUUCCCCACAUCUCAGCUGAUAUUUGGGGAAGAGAGACUUCAUUUCAGUCAUCCACAACACCCCCUGUCCCAAGUGAUCCUGCCCGACCUCUUCACCUGCGCAGGCUGCAAGGAGUACGGCGCCGGCAAGAGGUUCAUUUGUCAACUAUGUGACUUUCAGCUGCAUGAUUUUUGUGCCUUAGCUCCUCCAGCUCUAAAGAACCAUCCCUUCCACAUCCAACACCAACUUGUUUUCUAUUCUAAAGCAGUUAAAGGAGGAAUUGCACAAUCCAAGUGCGAUAUUUGUCACAAGCCAAGCAAAGGUUAUGCCUUCAGAUGCAGCGCAUGCAGCUUCCAGAUGCAUCCUUGCUGUGCGAUGCUGUCAUCAGAAAUAAACCUCCAGACUCACCCACAUACCCUAAGACUUUUAUCAGCAGCUGAUUCUUCUAGUAGGAGUUUUGUUUGUGGGGAGUGCAGGAGGAGGAGGUCGGGCAGGGUUUACCACUGCACGGUGUGCGAUUACCAUCUGCAUGCAGUGUGCGCUAAGAACAUGAUAAAUGGGUUGCAAGAGAACGGCCUCAAGGGACGUGAAAAGCCGAGUGUGUUGGGGACUGCUGCUCGCCUCGCGUCUCAAGUUGUCACUGAAUUCAUCGGCGGCCUCAUUGAGGGGCUUGGGGAAGGUGUUGCUGAUGUCUUGGUUCAAGAUAUUGCCAGGUCAGGAAGACCAAAUGCCCGCCGAUCAUCCAAUUCUCCUGACUGAUUAACCAUAUGUUCUUGUGCAUAUGCGUAUAUUCAUGAAGCUCUCCACUUUAGACUGUAUAUUUAUGAAUUACCAAAUGUAUUUAUGAUAUAUGUACGUACAUAUGUAUAUGAUUGAUUAAUUAUUAUAUAUAUCACUUUAAUAUAUA